AUGAGAAUUGAGAAGUGUUACUUCUGUGGAGCAAAUAUUUAUCCAGGACAUGGGAUGAUGUUUGUAAGAAAUGAUGCAAAAGUGUUUUGGUUUUGUAGAUCGAAAUGUCAUAAAAGUUUUAAGAUGAAGAGAAACCCACGUAAAUUCAAAUGGACAAAAGCAUACCGAAUGACAACAGGAAGAGAAAUGACAGUAGAUAAAACACUUGAUUUUGAGAUGAAAAGAAAUAGACCUGUACGUUAUAAUAGAGAGCUUUAUGCAAAAACAAUUAUUGCUAUGAAACGUAUUGAAGAAAUUCGUCAACGUAGAAAGUUAAGUCAUUAUAUUGAUCGUAUUAGAGAAGGAAAACAAAAUGAAAUGAAACAACGAUUAGCUCUUAUUGAACGACAUAAGGAUGUUUUACCAUUAUUAAAAUUAAGAGCACGAAAAGCCACUAUUCCUGCUUAUACUCAAAAUCUUAAACGUAAAGCAUUAUUAAAUAAAACAAAAACAAGUAGUAUAUCUGAAAAAGAUACUAAUAAACACAUGGAUGAAGCUUAA